AGAUUCGUACUGCUUCCUUCGGUGAGAAGUUCCCUUCCCUUUUCUAAAAUGCCUGAUUGGUCUGCCUCAGAAAACGUACAAAGUGAACUGCUUUUUGGCUGGCCCUACAACCUACCGCUUGGGUUGAACCAGAACUUAAGUAAGAGGAAAUAAAACCACCAGAACAGUUCACACUUGGGCAAAGACGACUGACUUUGGAAGCGGAACACGAACCGAUUUCCGCUAUUCCGGAUUCUUAUUGAGAGUAGUGAAAUCAAGGUUUAUGAUAAAGUCAGUGAAGUUUCUAUGGUGUUCUACCAUUUUUACGAUGGCGGACGGACACGCGCAGUCCCGUUACGUUAAGUUGACGCGAGAUCAAACACCUUCUGAAGACAUCACCCCUGGAGAACUCAAUCAACCUGUUGAAGUUCCUCAGUUGAAUGUUCAAAGAUGCUGUGAAUGUGGACAAGUGCUACCUGAAAGCUACGAGCCUCCUGCUGAUGAAGAUUGGACAACUGGAAUUUUUGGAUGUGCUGAAGAUACAGAGAGUUGCUGCACUGGACUCUUUUGCCCAUGCGUGUUGUUCGGUCAUAAUGUUGAAACAUUGAGAGAAGAAAUUCCUUGGACCAAUGCAUGUGUUUGUCAUGCCAUGUGCAUUGAAGGUGGAUUGACACUUGCAGCGGCAACUGCACUCUUCCAUGGAGUUGACCCCAAGACUUCAUUCCUCAUAUGCGAGGGCCUGCUGUUUGCUUGGUGGAUGUGUGGCAUCUAUACUGGUCUGUUUCGACAAUCAUUACAGAAGAAAUAUCACCUCAAGAACUCACCAUGUGAUCCAUGCAUGGUUCAUUGCUGCAUGCAUUGGUGUGCUUUGUGUCAAGAGCACAGGGAGAUGAAGAACCAUCUAGCUGAGAAUACACUUAGUCAAGAGGCUGUUGUUAACCCUCCACCAGUUCAAGAGAUGAACUCUGGUGAGAACAAUCAGUCUGCCCAAUCUGCACCAUCUUCAAAUGAUGAACAUCGCAAUUUGGAGUUGCAGUUGCAGCCAGUGUAGGAUUUUACAGUGGAUAUAUACAGAAUUCACAAGGAGUUGCUGCCAGAAAAAUGAUAAAUGAAAGGAUUAUUGACUUGUGCAGGAACUCCGGAUAAGCUGCUAGUGAUGAAAUUCUUAUAUUUGUCAAACUUGCUUGUUUUGUUCUGCUAUCUAGUACCAAGAUUAAGGUCUUUAUAUUUUCAACUUCAGUAAACAUCAAUCAAGCAAGCCACAGUUCAGAUAGCAUAGUGCAAUUCUGAUAUGUAUUUUUUAGUCUUUUAUUUUGAUUGUAAUCUCUGCAGAAAAAGAAUAAAAUGAAAUUACAAAAUAGUUUCCAUUC